UGUCUCGCAACGUGCUGAAGGGCGGGAAGUAAACAAGGCCCGGCCUUCCCUGGCCGCUCCCCCUCUGCCGGGCCUCCAGUACCUUCCAGGAGGGCCUAGGCCUGCGAAAGGGAGGAGGGAGCCGCCCAGAGCUGUGGCGCAGCAGGAAUUCCCGCUUCGGCGCGGCCCGAGGAAAACGGGAGGGCGAAGGGAGGGGGCGCUGUUUCUGCGGACCCACCUCCCCGCCUGCGUGAGGAACUGAGGAGGGGGCGGAAGCGGUCUCAGGACGCCGACGCCGGGGGGGCGGGGAUGCCCGAGGCUAUUUUUACUCGCUCGCCUCAUCCUUUCUGGCUACUUGCACGGAGGGGCGGCGGCAAAGCGGCGGCCGCAGCGGUUGCUCCCUAGCCCGGCCCCUGCAGCCUUCCUGGGUUGCUGUGAGCGCCGCCACCGCAACAGCCUAUAAAGAGCCGAGGAUGCAGCUCUACAGCACUAUCGUCACUCAUUAUCCGGCCGCGGCGGCAGCAGCAGCAGCAGCGGCGGCGGCGGCGGGAAGCGGCGCAUCCAGCGGGCCGGGAGUCGUGUUCAAAGUCUCGCCGGAGCCCGCGGGACAAAGCCCGGUUGGAAUUGAGAGCGACGUCGGAGGUGGCGGAGGAGGGACCGCGAGUGCCGUCACAGCCGGAGCAGCCAACACCAUGCCCGCCUUCUCUUGCCUGGAACUGCUGCCUUCGGCGGGGCCCGUCCAGAGGAAGCCGCCGACGCCGCAGCAGCAGCCGCCGCAACCGCAAGUCUUUGGCUCCGUGGCUCAAAUGACCCGCCGCCGGCAGCUUGAGAGAGUCGUACCCAUCCAACUGGUGCCGCACUCGGAGUCCGUCGGAGCGGUGGGGGAGCUGGACCCGCAGGCGUCUCCCAAUGCCCACCCGUGGCUGCUGCUGGAGAGCAGUGGGGGCGAAGUUGCGGCCGCCGCCCAGCCAACCUUGCAGCCGGAGCCCAGCAAUCACGGGCUCCGCUUCAACGAGCAUUGCCAGGCCUUGCAAGCGGCGGCAGCAGCCGGCUCCUACUCGGGAAUUGCAGCUGAGUCUCAGCCCGCCACCACAUUGAAAGUUGCCGAGGAGGCGAGCCCAAGCCAGUUGCGUCAGACGGAGCGGAGCGAGAAGCUGGCGUUGUACCUGGCCGAGGUGGAAAAGCAAGAUAAGUACCUGCGGCACAAAGGCCGCUUCCGCUUCCAUAUCAUUCCCGACGGCAACUGUUUGUACCGGGCCGUCUGCAAAGCCAUCAAUGGGGACCAGCGGCUGCAUGGGGAUCUUCGCGAGCAGACCGUGCACUACAUCGCCGACCACCUGGAGCACUUUGCACCCAUCAUCGAAGGCGACGUGGGGGAGUUCCUGAUCAACGCGGCCCAGGACGGCGCCUGGGCCGGCUACCCUGAGCUUCUGGCCAUGGGGCAAAUGCUGAAUGUCAAUAUCCACCUCACCACCGGAGGCAGAUCCGAGAGCCCGACCGUCUCCACCAUGACCCACUACCUGGGCCCCGAGGAUCCGAGCCGAGCCAGCAUUUGGUUGAGCUGGCUUAGCAACGGCCACUAUGAUGCUGUGCUGGAUCGUCAGUGUCCCAAUCCAGAAUAUGAAGAGUGGUGCAGGAAGACUCAGGUGCAGCGCAGGAGGGAUGAGGAGCUGGCCAAAACCAUGGCAGUGUCCUUGUCCAAGAUGUACAUUGAGCAGAAUGCCUGUUCCUGAGAUAGGCGUUGCAUCCCUUACCUGCUGUUCUGGUGCCUUAAUUGUUCUCCAUUUCUUUCUCUAGCAGUUGUAAUUCUUACAUGGAGCAAAAACCUGAAGAGAAGGAAGGGAGAGAGAGAUUUAUAAUGAAUGCUUAUCUAUAGAUUAUCAGAUACUAGUUAUUUUCCUAUCUUUCAUUUUGUGUAUAUAAUGUUUCUUUUAUUUCCAUACACUCUGUUCUUUAAGAGAGGAUUUUCUUUUUUUCUUUUUGCACUUUUUCUAGUCUUUGUUCACCGCCAAAAUAAAAUUUAAUUUCAUUCUUUCUUUGCCUAUAGAUUUUUUUUCUGGCCUACAUGGCUGAUAGCAUAACAGUUAUUUUAUGUUAAUAUCUGACACAUUAACAGUAUCAUUCUUUCAAUGAAAAAUUGUAUUGCUUUCUAGCAAAGGUGGAGAGCAAUUGGGCUUCUAUGUUCAGUUAGCUGGAGUAAGCUGGGUUUUCAGUUUAUUUGAUUGAUCUUUUUUGUUUGUUAAUCACACAUAAACAAUGUGGUUUAAAAAAACUUGCAGACACAGAAAGAUACUUUAAAAGUAGUCUUGCUCUUUUUAGGAGUAUAAAUGCCUCCUGUCUGCCCCUUGGUAGUCCAUCAGCAGGUUUAUCACAUUCUUUUGUUUCUAAUUGGCUUAAGAUAGUAUUAUGUACAAAUAUAUUUAUACUAAGUUUGUAUGGUUUGCUGGGUCAAACAACCAAGGUAGAAGCCACCCUCUUCAAUUUUGAAUGAACUGAAAUGGUUAGAUAUAUUUAUUAAAUGGAGUUUGUACUUUUUUAUCUUGUGACUUUGGAAUUUAUACUGUAUUUGUAUAAUAGCAAUAUUCUUAGCAUUCUGGAAUAAAUGUAUAGUUUUGCUUGGA